GACGACGAGACGAAGCUGCCUGACGAAGCAACAUCUUCUCUUCACCAACGCAUCUGCGCUCCAACUUGACAUACGAACCGCUCACAUUCUACUAAGAAGAGAAAAAAGACACAAUGUCUGAGCAGCCUUACGACCCUUACAUCCAGCCCGAAGGCAGGCAGGCCCCCGCCGGAGGUGCCAACCGGACGGCGGCCAUCCAGAGCCAAAUCGAUGAAACCGUCGGCGUCAUGCGAGACAACAUCAACAAGGUCAAUGAGCGUGGAGAGAACCUCAACGACCUGCAGGGAAAGACCGACAACUUGGCCGUCUCUGCGCAAGGCUUCCGUCGCGGAGCCAACCGAGUGCGCAAGCAAAUGUGGUGGAAGGACAUGAAGAUGAGAAUUCUCAUCAUCGUGGGCAUUAUCAUCCUGCUUCUCAUCAUCAUCAUCCCGAUCGUCGUCAAGACUACGUAGAAGGAUUCUUUCGCAACGCUUUCUGUUUCAUGCCCAUCUCGUGCCGUGGGACCCGUUUCUCUCUUCCCUACGUCUUGGCGACUCUUCAUUUCCUCUCACUUUCACGACUGGCUCCUCACCUCGAGCACGAGCUUCAUGUACUUGAUCAUCUCCCUGAAUAUUUCUUUGACGAAGCUUGUUUCUCAUUCCUCUCAGAAGACAAAAGGCAAAGUGAAGACGACGAUAAAAAUGUAUCUAUAGGCGGCCAGGGCCAAAAGCGAGUCACUUGGGCGCGGCACGGUGCUGGAGGUAGUACCUCGUCAGGCCCGACGUGCUCGAGUCGUGGCCGGCGCCGUCGACCUUGGAC